GAGCCCCGGGCGCUGGGUAGCGGGACCAUCUGGGAGGACCAUCUGCGGGGACGGCAAUGGGCCCCGCGACGCGGCUGGCGGCCCUGCUGGUGCUGCUGGCGCUCCGUGCAGGGCCCCAGGCAGGGGCUGCGACGCGGGGGGACACAUUCUCCGCGCUGACCAGCGUGGCGCGUGCUCUGGCUCCCGAGCGCCGGCUGCUGGGACUGCUGCGGCGCUACCUGCGCGGAGAGGAGGCGCGGCUGCGGGACCUGACCAGAUUCUAUGACAAGGUACUUUCUCUGCAUGAGGACUCAGCCAUGCCUGUGUCUAACCCUCUACUUGCAUAUACUCUCAUCAAGCGCCUGCAGUCUGACUGGAGGAAUGUGGUGCAUAGCCUGGAGGCCAGUGAAAACAUCCAAGCUCUGAAGGAUGGCUAUGAGAAGGUGGAACAAGACCUUCCAGCUUUUGAGGACCUUGAGGGUGCUGCAAGGGCCCUGAUGCGGUUGCAGGACGUCUAUCUACUCAGUGUGAAGAGUCUUGCCCAAGGUCUCUUUCAGAGAGUCACCGGCUCUGCUGUCACCAAUCUGUACAGUCCCACGCAGUUGUUCUCCCUCAGUGCAGAUGACUGCUUCCAGGUCGGCAAGGUGGCCUAUGACAUGGGAGAUUACUACCAUGCUAUCCCAUGGCUGGAGGAGGCUGUCAGUCUUUUUCGAGGAUCAUAUGGAGAAUGGAAGACAGAAGAUGAGGCAAGUCUAGAGGAUGCCUUGGAUCACUUGGCCUUUGCCUAUUUCCAGGCAGGAAAUGUUUCCUACGCUCUCAGCCUGUCUCAAGAGUUUCUCCUCUACAGCCCAGACAAUAAGAGGAUGGCCAGAAAUAUCUUGAAAUAUGAGAAGCUCUUGUCAGAGAACUCCAAAAAGAUGGUAGCUGAGGCCAUCAUCCGGAGGCCCAAUGUACCCCACCUGCAGACCAGAGAUAUCUAUGAGGAACUGUGCCAAACCCUGGGUUCUCAGCCCACUCACUACCAAAUACCCAGUCUCUACUGCUCCUAUGAGACCAAUUCUAGCCCCUACCUGCUGCUCCAGCCUGUCCGGAAGGAGGUCGUACACCUGGAGCCCUACAUUGUUCUCUUCCAUGACUUUGUCAGUGACUCUGAGGCUCAGAAAAUCAGAGGGUUUGCAGAACCGUGGCUACAGAGAUCCGUGGUGGCCUCAGGGGAAAAGCAGCUGCCAGUGGAGUACCGUAUCAGCAAGAGUGCCUGGUUGAAAGACACCGUUGACCCAGUGCUGGUGACUCUGGACCACCGCAUUGCUGCCCUCACAGGCCUUGAUGUGCAGCCUCCCUAUGCAGAGUAUCUCCAGGUUGUCAACUAUGGGAUCGGGGGACACUAUGAGCCUCACUUCGACCAUGCAACGUCACCAACCAGCCCGCUGUAUAGAAUGAAGUCUGGAAACCGAGUCGCAACAUUUAUGAUCUAUCUGAGCUCGGUGGAAGCUGGAGGAGCCACAGCCUUCAUCUAUGCCAACUUGAGUGUGCCUGUGGUGAAGAAUGCAGCAUUAUUCUGGUGGAACCUGCACAGCAGUGGUGAAGGGGAUGGAGACACUCUCCAUGCUGGCUGUCCUGUCCUGGUGGGAGACAAGUGGGUGGCCAACAAAUGGAUACACGAGCAUGGACAAGAAUUCCGCAGACCCUGCAAAGCACAUACCUAACAGCAAAAUGUUGGCAGGGAGACACUGGCGCCCUCCUGUGGUUCUCUGGAGAAGCCAAAGCCUGACGGUAGGAUAAAGGAGCAGGGAAAGCAACCAGGGGAAGAGACCUGUCAGCACUGCCGGUCCCCUGAAGCUCAGAGCCAAAGAUCUGCUCUUCGGCAGGAAACAUAGCAGAAUUUUAUUUCCUAGACUCAGGCCACGAGAAUCUGAGUAGAACUGGGCAGUAUAAUUAAAUGGACAUUACAAAAGCCCCUCAGGGCCAGAAGGAGAAGUUUCUGGAGUUCAGAUACUCCUGUAGGAAUAGGACCUGGUUUUGGCCAAUUUAAGUCUUGACCCUAGGUCCAGAAGACACACAUCAAGGAUGUCUGUUGCACGGGACAGCCUCAUGUCUUUAAAGCUCUUCUCCACUUGGAAUCCUGAAGACUGAACAGGGAUUGUCUUGUUUAGAAGAUACCUCAGAUGAUUUUUUUUUAAGCAGAAGGCAACUUAUAUAUUUUUAAUUCAGUCUUUAAUUAUGCUUAGGGAUCACUUUCUACAAUCAAGAAUAU